AUGCGCAAGUGUACUAGACUGACGUUCAUUGAAAAAAGACGCAUAAUAGCCUACAUCGAUGAUAACAAGCAUAUGACAAUGGAACAUAUAGCCUCUGUUUUCUCUUCCGUUUUAAAAAAAAUUUCCCGAAGAUCAAUCAAUGAUCUGAGGCUUGAAAAACAAAAAAUACUUGAUAGUGAUCCUCUUUUCUCAAGCAAAAAACGACUAUUCAAUCUAACAUAUUCAACUAUUGAUACAGAAGUUAUGAAAUGGAUGGAACAUCUCGAACUUCGUGGCGGAUUUAUGGACGAUAAUUCUAUUCUUUUGAAAGCAAAAAAAGUCGCCGAUCUACAUGGAAUUACUGAUUUCAAGGCUAGCAAUGGCUGGCUCUCUAAAUUCAAGAAACGGAACAAUAUUAAGUUAAGAACUUUUCACGGAGAGUCUUAUAUGACUAACGUAAACUUUGAAGAAGAAAUAAAUUCUUUUAUCUCAGUAAUUUUCACAAAAUUGCAAGAAUAUGAACCUGCAAAUAUUUAUAACGCCGACGAAACACGAAUAUUCUACAAAAAUAUUCCUUCAAAAAGUGUUUGA